AUGAUGGACAUGAAGUCUUGUUGGAAGUUUCUCACAAGUGUUUUCAUAGUCUCAUUUCUCCUUGGCUCUUGUUCUUCCUACCAAAGCCUUUGUGUUGUUGAUGCUCGAGAAAACGCCAAUAAACCGGAAGUGACACUGCAAGUAGAUGCUUCUAAUGCCUCAGGACGACCCAUUCCCGAGACCCUUUUCGGAAUCUUCUUUGAGGAAAUAAAUCAUGCUGGAGCAGGUGGACUGUGGGCUGAACUUGUUAGCAACAGAGGGUUUGAAGCUGGUGGACAAAACAUUCCUUCAAAUAUAUGGCCUUGGUCCAUUAUUGGAGAUGAAUCAUCCGUUUAUGUAGUGACAGACCGUUCUUCAUGUUUUGAGCGCAACAAAAUUGCACUUAGAAUGGAAGUGCUCUGUAACAGCAAUGGCAGUAGCAAUGUUUGUCCAUCAGAAGGAGUCGGAGUUUAUAACCCUGGUUACUGGGGAAUGAACAUUGAAGAAGGGAAGAAAUACAAAGUGGCCCUUUAUGUGCGUUCGACAGCGGACAUUGAUUUGUCUGUGUCAUUGACGAGUUCGGAUGGACUACUGACUCUUGCUUCAGAAAAGAUCAUAGCUUUGGCUUCUGAUGUUUCAAACUGGACUAAAAAGGAAGUUCCUUUGGAGGCAAAUGGAACAGAUCAUGGUGCAAGACUUCAAUUGACAACCACCAAAAAGAGUUCUAUUUGGUUUGAUCAAGUCUCAGUCAUGCCUGUUGAUACUUACAAGGGACAUGGUUUCAGAAAGGAUCUUCUACAAAUGAUGGUCAAUCUAAAACCCCGUUUCAUCCGUUUUCCUGGUGGUUGUUUUGUGGAGGGUGAAUGGCUACGGAACGCAUUCCGGUGGAAAGAAACGGUGGGAGCUUGGGAAGAGAGACCUGGCCAUUUUAGUGAUGUUUGGAAUUACUGGACUGAUGAUGGUCUUGGCCACUUUGAAUUCUUUCAACUGGCUGAAGAUCUCGGUGCAGCCCCAAUAUGGGUGUUUAACAAUGGAAUCAGCCACAAGGAUCACGUUGAAACAGCAAGUGUCAUGCCCUUUGUUCAAGAAGCGCUUGAUGGGAUUGAGUUUGCUCGUGGCGAUUCUAAUUCUAGAUGGGGAUCGGUUCGAGCUGCAAUGGGACAUCCAGAGCCUUUUGAACUGAAGUAUGUUGCGGUCGGGAAUGAAGAUUGUGAUAACGAUCACAAGCCAUACUACAGAGGAAACUAUCUUGAGUUCUAUAAUGCUAUAAAAAAUGCCUACCCGGACAUCAAAAUCAUCUCUAACUGUGAUGGAUCGUCUGAGCCGCUAGAUCACCCUGCUGAUUACUAUGAUUAUCACAUUUACACUCUUGCAAUGGACUUGUUUAAAAUGUCCCACAACUUUGACAACACAUCGCGCGUUGGUCCCAAGGCUUUUGUCAGUGAAUAUGCUGUAAACAGUACUGACGCUAAUACUGGAAACCUUCUAGCUGCUCUUGGGGAAGCAGGUUUCCUCCUUGGUUUGGAAAAGAACAGUGACAUUGUAGGAAUGGUAAGUUAUGCACCUCUCUUCGUCAACACAAACGACAGAAGGUGGAAUCCGGAUGCAAUAGUUUUCAAUUCCUCUCAUUUGUAUGGAACACCUAGCUAUUGGGUCCAACAGUUCUUCACAGAGUCAAGUGGAGCCACUCUUCUCAACUCUACACUCAGCGGAGAUUCUUCUUCUUAUCUUGUUGAAGCAUCUGCUAUAUCCUUCCACGCCAAUGGCUCAGAUUACAUACAGAUUAAGGCUGUAAACUUUGGGAAUGAAUCAGUGAACCUGAAGUUGUCGUUGACCGGAUUGGACACGAGCAUCACAAAAGUUUCUGGAUCCAAGAAGAAAGUACUUACAUCUGCCAAUGUGAUGGAUGAGAAUUCCUUGUCAAACCCAGAGAUGAUUGUGCCGCAAGAAAGCUUGCUGGAGAUGCCUGAGGAUGAUCUCACGGUUGUUCUUCCACCGCACUCGUUAUCGUCUUUCGAUUUGGUGAAAGAAUCUGCAGAUAUCAGGCAGGAUGCUAAUACAAAUGUGAAGAGAUUAUUACCAGAAAGUUUCAACAAUGUGAAGAGAAAUGGCAUGUAG